UAAACAAAUUGUCUUCGUAAAUAUAAACGGCAUUUAAUAAGACGACCGUAGGAUUAAAUGAAACGUAGACAUAUCCAAAAGUGAAAUAACGUUAUAGGAUAUGUUUGAGAUACGUGUGUGUGUGUGUGUGUGUGUGUGUGUGUGUGUGUGUGUGUGUUUUCGUACGCACUCAUUGGUAGGACAGUUGACGAUGCUGAGUUGAGCGGAAUGCAGCUGAUUUGAUCCCUCUGGUCACGUGGAGAAGUUUGGUGCAGUGUCUGUGUGUUGUUAGUUCAUCCGUCAGCAGAAAUCCAGCGUGCAAAAUAUACACACACACAGUCAAUGUCUCUGCUGGAGGACAUCGUUGACCUGCUGAAAUGUGUUCUGGAAUAUUUUGGAGUGCCUCCAGACAUGUUGGUUCCAGUAUGGGAAAGUACACACUGUGGACAGUACCGAAGCCUAGUCCGAAUGAUUGGAACAAAUCUUCCUCUUUCUCCUUACCCUCGGUUGCGGUUUCAGAUUCCUCUGCAGACCUUUAAUAAGCACAGCCAUAUCGAUGUGUCAGUGGACUCUCCAGCCAUUCCUACUUUAGCGGAUGUGCUUUGGCUGGUCGAGGAUGAAGGAGACAGUCACACAAAAUUCAGGAAUGCUGUCCCACUGAGGAAAAAGUGUGUACCUCACGGUUAUGAGACUCCCUCAUUGGGGUCCGUGUCUGUAAAAGCUCAGAGAGGCGGAGGGGUCCUGGCACAGAGCACUCAGCCUGAUGCCCUCCUGAAGAUCUCUGCUCUGGAGGAGGAACUUCAGAGACUUCGAGCACAGAUUGCUACCAUAAUCACAGCUCCAGCAGGCCCUGUGGUUUCUCCAACUGAUCCUGGCACUCCUUGCUCUGCUCCUAAACCAGCUCCUGUCCUCACUUCAACUCCUGUCUGUCCUCCUCCUCCACCACCUCCUCCUCCUCCAGCAAUGCCCACUAGAACUGAAGUGUCCAUGUCGGAAAUGAUUCAACAAAGACAGGCAGCAAAAAAAGAAACGCUUGCACAAUGUGGUCCAUCCUUAACUACAGCGCCCUCAAUGUUAGAGGUGCUGAGGGACCUCAAUCAGGUCAAACUGCGUUCUGUCGAGAGAUCUCCAGGAGGAACUCCAAUAAGGAGACGGAGAAGCAAAGGUGUAGCAUGUUCAUCUGAUCCAGCAGCUCUCAUCGCCGAAGCCCUGAAAAGAAAGUUUGCACACAGGCAGAGAGACGACUCGUUUGGUAAAGAGAACCACUCGGCUGAGCCCUCUCCUUUCAGCAGUCCAGACACUCCUAGGUCAUGUGUUGGUUUUCAGAUUUUCCAGCACACCAGACGCAGCCAGGGCCGAAUUCACCUUUGACCCUUGACCUUAAAGUCUUCCAGGAGUUGUUGUCAUGGACUGAUGUGACAGACAGACUUCUUUCCAAUGUUGGUUGUUCUGUCUCCCUUUUCCUAUCCCUUUCUUUGUGAGUAAUUCACACAGACCUCUUUCUGAAAACACUGUGCAUGCUUUUUGAGCUUUCUUUUUUGUUUUUUGUGCAGAGGCAACUUGUUUGUGUAAAUAUUGCAGCUGAGGAUUUCUUAAUUGUGAAUCGCUUAUUUUAAGAGUUGAUUCAGGAUUGCAGUAAUAAUGUUUGCUAAAAAAUGAGCUUUGCCAUACAAAUAUAAUUUGAUCUAUGCAGUAUAUAGUUUUUUUUAUUAUUUAAAGCCUAAGAAACAAUCUCUGAACAACUCAACCAGUGCUAUUGAGGUUUUGAAAGAUGGUACUUCUUUUACUAAUCAUUUUUCUGCUUUAUUUUGUCACCUCAUACAAAGAGCUAACGGAGUAUUAAUCUCAGAAACAAUAAACCAGUUCUAAACCUUU